AAGCAUAGCACGUUUUUGAGUUUUGAGUCUUUUGACGAAUCACCAAGGGAUGAUGAAUACGCCGAGGGGAUGCGAGUUUCCGACGAUUCAAACCUUCGAGAAAGCUCCUUCCGCUGCCGAAUUUGAGUCCGGCGUCGAGCUCACGAACUUCCCUGCGGUUUUCCGAGGAUGUGCUAGUAGUAGUGACUGGGACGCCUGUUCAAAGUGGAAUCCAUUCAAAAAUGGCCUCGAUUAUCUCCACGAACGUGCAGGUUCAGUGGAGGUGGAGGCAAUGCUUUCUAGGACGGCUCCGAUUUUCAAUGGUGAUAUCAGAAGCCAUGAGAGGGUAUCAAUGCCUUUCUCUGAUUUUAUUAGACUAUGCAAGCAGCAUAUGAUAAGCAAAGAGAAUGGUUCUGGUGUUGAUGAUGCAAACUCCUCUGCUUCUCUUUGCUCUAUUCCUCAGGAUCCUACACCUGGACAAAUAUACCUAGCACAGUUUCCAAUUCUGAAUGAUGAGAAAGAAGACAAGGUUCAACUCAAGAUUCUGAGACGAGACAUUCAGACGCCCACUCUCUUAAGAGGAAAGUCACUGUCUUCUAUAAACUUUUGGAUGAACUCUGCACAAGCUCGAUCCAGUACCCACUAUGAUCCACAUCAUAACCUCUUAUGCGUAGUCUCAGGGUGUAAAAAAGUUGUCUUGUGGCCCCCUUCCGCCAGUCCCUCGCUCUAUCCAAUGCCUAUAUACGGAGAAGCGUCAAACCAUAGCUCGGUUGGUCUAGACAAUCCGAAUUUAUCAGCUUAUCCAAGAGCAGAGCAUUCCCUCAAGCAGUCACAGGAAGUUACUCUUAAGGCCGGUGAUGCAGUAUUCAUUCCCGAAGGUUGGUUUCAUCAGGUGGAUAGCGAUGAGCUGACUAUUGCUGUCAACUUUUGGUGGCAAUCAAACAUUAUGUCUAACAUGCCGGAACAUAUGGAUUCAUAUUACCUGCGCCGGAUUACAAGAAGAUUGAUAGACAGAGAAAUGAGCCUGUUAGUUUCAAAGCCUUCUUCAACUGAUUUGAAGCCGCCGUCUGAACAUCUUGACCAAUGUAAUAUUGGACAGGCAGAAGGUGGGGAUGAUAACUCAAGCAAUGAAAGUAUUGAAAAAGGCAUCAGCUCAAUACGUGAAAAAACACCGCUGCAUGAUCUAGAUCCUUCUACUUCCCUGGCACUUCAUGAGCUUAUUUCCUUAGUCCAUGACCACGUUAAUGCUGUGGAUACAAGUAAGGAACUGCAGCACACUCCACCCAGUUAUUCAAACCCAGCGUCCGAAAGGGACAAUAGCAAGAUCCUGGUGAAUUCAUUGUCUUGUUUAGAAGAUGAUCGUGUUGCGCAUAUGCUUUGGAAUCUUGAAGCAUCUAAACUUCGGGAUGCUCUCCUUGCAAUGGCACGUUAUUUCCCAAGAACCUUAGAAGCGUUAAUACUCCACAUGCUAUCACCUGUUGCUGCGGAAGUCCUAACACAGAAGUUUGAUGAGAUUGACCAACAGAGUGGUGAAGAAGAUAGGGGCCAGUUCUAUCGGGAAUUUUAUGGUGCCUUCGAUGAUGAAUCAGCUGCGAUGGAUAUCAUUUUAACUAGGAAAGAAGCUUUUGCAUUUCAGGCCUUUGAGAAUGUACUAGACAAGUAUUUGGGGGUCAACAUUGCUUCACCAACAACAAACAUAUGAAGCAUGUCUCCGUAGUAUGUACUGGAGACAUAUAAAUGUGAUCGGAUGAGAGAGAGCAUGUUGCUAUCGAUAUAGUAGUAAAGGGUGAUAAAAGAGACAUGUUGCUGUUGAUGUCGACAGACUUAAACUUGUAUCAUUAAGCUUCUGCUCCAAAAAGAAAAAGUCAUAAUAAUCACCAUAUAUGUCGACACACUACGUUAGGGAUCUGAAACUCAUUGAUUCGGUUAAAAUCUAUUUGGGUUUGAGAUUCCCGAGUUUAAAGAUUUCAACAACAUUCAAAUAUUUAUGAAUUUUGGUUUCGGUUUGAUUCAGA